AUGAUGAUUGGAAUGACGAAACCUCUUCGACGGUAUCGAGCCACAAGAGCUGCAGAAGACGGGGAGCUGACAGACUCAGACGGAGAAGAGGAAGAAGGACAAAUUAAGCAUGAAAAAGGCGAUGAUGUGGCUCUGGUGGCGCAUAGUGGUGAGUUUUGAAA